GAUUCACACGUAUUCGAAACGACUAUUAUUGAUAUUGAACAACAACAGCAACCGAGGGAAGUAAACGAUUUUGUAGAAUCAGGAUUUCUAGAGGAACCAAGUACACAGGAACUGGAACAAGAAAAUAUUAUAAUGCCAAAUCAUGAUUUGGUUAUGUUACAAUAUAUGCAACAAGAAAGAAAUAAUUAUAAACCUCCAGAAAGAAGGGACAAUUUCUUUGGCGUAAAUUUUGAUGAUGAUGGUGGUGAAAAUAGUUUUGCUACUAUUUAA